GACAAGACGAGGACAAAAGACGUCUGAACUGCUAUGCCACCUUGGAGAGAUGUCACAUCGAUACAUCGGGAUGCGUGAGGAUCUCAAAGUGAAGCAGUUCAUGAACAUCUUCUCCAUCCCAGAGAUGACCCUCCUGGCUGUGGCCAAUGAUUUCUUCAUCUCCAACGACAUUGAGUACGAUCCUGAGCACCUCAUCAAAGAUGUCUCAGAAGCCAUUGGAAUGGUUCACAUCAAAGGUUACAUGUACAAAUGGAUCAUGCAAGAUCUGGAGAAGUACAUUCUGCGAGGGGACGAGCCUUAUGCUUUUCUGCAAUGCCUGAUCAGCCACGGGAAGGAAGUGUUCCUCAUGAGGAUGAAGACUCAGGGUCAUAUGGAUAAAGGCAUGAGGUUCAUGGUGGGGAAAGACUGGAGGGACUUCUUUGACAGGGUCAUUGUUCAGGCAGACAAACCACACUUCUUCAAUGACUGUGAAACCAUCUCACAGACCAUCUCACAGACCAUCUCACAGACCAUCUCACAGACCUUUUAGACGCUUAGAUGGAAAUGAGGACCUCUAGUGGGACAAAAUAAACAGUCUGUGGACAAAUGACAGAUCUACAAACAAGUCUGAACACCUUCACUAUUAAACUACAAUGCUUGUGACCUAAUCCCCCCCAUGAACAUCAUACAGAGACAUUUGGUUGUUGUGUUCUGUAUGACUUUCUGAGGCUGACAGGCUGGAGAGGGUCCAGUGUGCUCUACUUUGGGGACUGUCUCUAUGUAACAGUAUAACUUUAGUCCGUCCCAUCGCCGGGCUCGAACCAGGGACCCUCUGCACACAUCAACAACAG